AUGUCUCUGGCGGCCUCGGCGGGCCGGGGCCCGGGGGCCGUGUGGUCCCCGACGCACGUGCAGGUGACGGUGCUGCAGGCGCGGGGCCUGCGGGCCAAGGGCCCCGGGGGCACGAGCGACGCGUACGCGGUGAUCCAGGUGGGCAAGGAGAAGUACGCCACCUCGGUGUCGGAGCGCAGCCUGGGCGCGCCGGUGUGGCGAGAGGAGGCCACCUUCGAGCUGCCGCCGCUGCUGUCCGCCGGGGCCGCGCCCGCCGCCGCCGCCACCUUGCAGCUCACCGUGCUGCACCGCGCGCUGCUCGGCCUCGACAAGUUCCUGGGCCGGGCCGAGGUGGAUCUGCGGGAGCUGCACCGGGACCAGGGCCGCAGGAAGACCCAGUGGUACACCUUGAAAUCCAAACCAGGAAAGAAGGAUAAAGAGCGAGGAGAAAUUGAGGUUGACAUCCAGUUUAUGAGAAACAACAUGACUGCUAGCAUGUUUGACCUCUCCAUGAAAGACAAGUCUCGGAAUCCAUUUGGGAAGCUGAAGGACAAGAUCAAGGGGAAACCUAAGGACAAUGCAUCAGACACUGCCUCCGCCAUCGUUCCCAGCGUGACGCCCUCAGCUGAUAGUGACGAUGAGUCUCCUUUAAAAGACAAGAAAAAGAAAUCGAAGAUCAAGACUUUGUUUUCCAAGUCUAAUUUGCAGAAAACACCACUUUCCCAGUCCAUGUCUGUCCUGCCUACGUCAAAGUCAGACAAGGUCUUGCUUCGUCCUGGAGACUUUCAAUCCCGGUGGGAGGAUGAUGACAAUGAGGAUGAGUCGUCUUCUGCCUCGGAUGUCAUGUCUCACAAGAGAACAGAGAGUGCAGAUCCUAAGCAACUGAACCAGAGCAAUUUCAGCCUGCCCAAGAGGGAAGGACCCUCCUUUUUUGGUGGCCUUCGGUCUAAGAAUGAUGUCCUUUCUCGCUCUAACGUCUGUAUCAAUGGGAACCAUGUUUACUUGGAGCAGCCGGAAACCAAGGGCGAGACGAAGGAGAGCACUCCCUCCUCUUCCCCGUCUCCCCAGGGCUUCCGGAAGAAGCAUCUGUUCUCUUCCACCGAAAACCUGGCGACUCGGUCUUGGAAGGAGCCUGGGGAUGGAGGGGCAGUGUCUUCCGACAGGCGGUGGUCUGAGUCUUCCACAAAGGACUCUCUCAAAUCCAUGUCUCUGCCGUCCUACCGGCCACAGGUCAGUGGGGAUAUUCGGGAGAACGCAGCACCAGCGAGCUUGGAGGCUGCAAAGGAAACCAAAGAGAGCAAGAAGCAGGAGAAUAAGAAGUCCUCUUUGCUGUCCCUGGUGACGGGAAAGAAGGACACAGCCAAGGGCAGCGAAGGCGGAAGCCCUUCUGCCACCCCAGGGAAGGAGACAGAAGGCACAUCGAUGGAAGUCAAACCGAGGGAGGACCAGCCAGGGCCUGACGAAGACCUAGGGAAACGAUCUGAGAAGGAUACUGUGGCCGUUGUCUUUGGACAGGGCCGCUCCCUGAACCCGUUUGAAGAAGUGCAGGUCACAGAACCUGAACCUGACCGACAGCUCACGUUUGAACCCACACCCCCCGUCGGCUCUACGAGGGCACCGCAAACGAAAGCUGUCAAGCCACGACUGGACGUGUCUCCAGAGGCUCCAGCCACAGCCAGGCUUCCUUCUUCCCCUGACUCUACUCUCUUUUUUUCUGCUCUUCUGUCCAGUUCUGGCCAGACACCUGUCCCUUCUAAAUUGGGGCAUUGUGCAGAGACACCAUCCUCUGAAUCUCCUUCUGUCUUCUCUUUCUCAUCUCCCAUUGUGGCUCCCAUUUCCACAUCCACGCCAGUUGAAAACUGGCCCCCCACAGACCAGGGCCAGGCCAGUCCUGAAGAACCAUCUUUGCUCCAUAAGGCAGAAUUGCUAAGAGAGAGUUUAACACAGGAUCCAAAGACUGUUUCUUGUGCCUCGGGGUCACGUUUCCAACAGCUCCCCACUCCAGCGUGGAAGGGAAUGGAAGAUUAUCCAAUGGGGAAGACCAGUGAGAUAGGCCUGGAGAGCACCGUCGGUCAUGACUCAGAAAGGUCUCUCCUAAAGCAACCUGAAAGGGAAGAAGUUCAGAGGGCUCCCCACUCAGAACAAGACUAUGCCCCUUCGUCUCAAGAGACCCAAGAAGUAAUACUUGCUCCUUCAUUCAGAAGUGGCCAGAUCGAGAGCCCGGCAUGGAGGCCUCUGAUGGGGGAACACACAGGCUCAGAGCAUCCAUUUGGGUCUUUUGGGGAGAACAGAGUUAAGGGGGGCAGCAUGACUUCUGCAAUUAAAGAAGCGGCACCCCCUCUUCAGUCUGGAGAAUCAGCUCCCACUCUUGGCUCUGUGAUGCAGAGACACAAAGAGAAUGUUGACGAAAGCCAAAAGAAAAUCAAGAAGCGUGUAUCAUUUUCAGAGGAGAUCUUUAUGGAAGAGGAGCUAGAGGAGUCCACUGGGUUGGUGGAAGAGCACAGAGAUAAUCCCCAGGAGGUGACACACAAAGGAGCCACCUCUGGAAACCUGUCAGACGGAGAGCCUGCUGGGUGUUUCCACGCAGAGGUCACAGAGACGGAAGCUGUGUCUGCACCCGGGCCAGUGAAGCAUGGUGUGCCAGCUUCCAUGGCAGACCCCCUUCACUUCCCCUCUUCCAAGGAGUGUGUCUCAGAAGGCCCUGUGAGUGAGGCAAGCUCAGGGAAAGACAUCCCACUCUUAAAGAUUGAGCGAGACGAUACGCCUAUGGCUCAAAAUCAGAGCAAAGCCAGUGAUCACGAAGGUUUAUUGUCUGAUCCCCUGAGUGGCCUUCACUCUAUCCCAGGUAUUAACUCUCCAGUCAUGGCUGAUCUGGGCUUAACCCUUCCUGCAAUUCCUGAAGUGGCGUCAGAUGAUGAAAGGGUGGAUCAGGGUGAAGAUGACAGAGAGACAGCCCAGGUGGCAGCCCUGCAAGUAGGACCUUCCUCCGUGAGCAUGUCACAUGCCCAUCCUGAGAUGGAGAAGGGGCCGAGGGGCGAGGCAGAUGGGUGGGCGGCACCUGUAGAGAGCCUGCCUGACCUCGGGUCAAAAGCACCCGAAGUAUCUGUUAUGGCCUCUUCAGAGCCAACUACAGCUUCAGGAAUUCAUAAACCAGAGCUUGGCAAGAGCUCACGCUUGGAUAAACAGCUGCCAGGUCCUGGCUGUGGCAAGAAGGAAAAGCUGAUGGGAAAUGGGAGGCCCAGCCAGCCUCCUGAUACAGCCCUCGACUCCCCUGUACCCAGCCCCUCCUUUUCUGAGACCUUUCCUAUUACACACUCUUUCCCCAGCCACCCACAUGCUGACACUCACCACACCAGUACAGCAGAAUCUCAAAAAAAAGCAACAGCAGAGGGCUCCGCUGAUAAAGUGGAAAAUUCUGGCAAGAGGAAGCCGCUUCUUCAGGCCUGGGUCUCACCCUCAGAGACACAGCCAGUCUCAGCUCAGCCAAGCGCGGGAACGGGGUCAGCCAAGCACAGACUUCAUCCCGUGAAGCCAAUGAACACAACAGCCACCAAGAUUGCGAACUCCAGCUUGGGCACUGCCACCAUCAUCAGUGAGAACUUGAUCAACGAAACCAUGAUGAAGAAAUACAACCCCUCGGACCCUGCCUUUGCUUAUGCACAGCUAACCCAUGAUGAGCUGAUCCAGUUGGUUCUCAAACAGAAGGAGACAAUAAGCAAGAAGGAGUUUCAGGUUCGAGAGCUGGAAGACUACAUUGACAAUCUGCUAGUCAGGGUCAUGGAAGAAACCCCCAACAUCCUCCGAGUUCCGGCUCAGGUCGGCAAAAAGGCAGGAAAGAUGUGAACCGAUGUGACACUGAGACUGUUCUGUGAGUUUGUUUCUACCUGCUCCUGAGGUCAGGGACUCCGUAUGCCUGAUAACCAGCCUUCAGGCUCCAAGUCACCAUCUGCCUCCCUGUGUGUUAUCUGGCAAGAGUCAGCUCCACCAGCCAAAGCCAGGUUAAUUAUUACAAUGAAUCUCUUGCUGUACAUUCCCAGGGGUUUGUUUUUAAAUGCCACUGUGCCUUUAACGAUAUUGUAAGUACUUUAUUCUCUGACCAGAGAUGUGGUCAUAAGAUCUGUCCAGAGAUUCAGAUGGUGCAGGGUUAUUCGGGUAUUUAACAUUGGGGUUUUCUUUCUUCGAUAUUGAUGUUUAAAAAUACAUACUCCCACCCCCAACCCACCCAGUCAGUAAAUUAGGGGGUGAAAUGAGAAGGACUGGGCAGUUGGUGUUGCGUUACACUUACUUGCUUGGUUUUUUAGUAGCUUAGGGUGGCUUUUGGCUGCAGGUGCUAAAUUUUGAUCCUGUGCAAACCUUCUGGGCUUCUUGGGCUUGGUCUUGAUUUGCCCGAAGCAGGGGAGUUUAAAGAAAGCCUUUGAGUGUGCCUUGUAGAUUCUGAACAAGCUUCCUUUUCUAAACACCAGCUACCACUACUCUUUAGCCUUACAACGUGUUCCUUAUCGAUCCACAGGGCCUGUCUGUGGAGACAUGAGAAGUAGAAGAGGGCAUGUGUCACUUUGCACUCACUUAAUAAGGGUUGAUCAAAGUCUCAUGGUGGCCAGGUUCCUGCUGGCUGGUGUGGCCCCAUCAGCGCCUUGAGAAGGGAUUGGGUGACCCAAGCAUUUAUUAACUCAGUUCCACCAGGUAUGGAAUGAUUUCAGUAGGACUCCUGUGGCCUGUUCCCUCAGUGCCUUUGCUUGGCUCCCUGAUUUCCUCAGCAACACUUCCUGGCACUCCUCCACCAUCCUUGUUAUAAAAUUAUGAAGAGCAAGAAGAUAACACUUAGUUUUGGUUGGUGGUAUUUUUAAAUCUAGACAGACACACCUUUUUUUUUUCUUUUCUUUUUUUUUUUAAAGCUAGGACACUUCUGAACUAAUAGCCCUGGUUCGGGUCCCUCAGGUAGUUUCAUUGUUCGGAACCUAAUACUGGAAUUAGAAUGUUUCUGUGUUGCUUGUGGCUGUCACAGAAUCAUCUCAGAGCCUUGAGCUCCCUUGGGGAUGGAGUGGGGGAGAGGAGAUCACAGGCCAGCAUGGUGGGCAGGGCUCGAGGCAACAAUGGUUAUAAGGCUGGGGGUCUCUUCUGUACGUUCUUGUUCUUGUUCUAUGUACCGGAGGAGGCAAGACGGUUGUCAGCAGAACCCCUUUCAGGAGCACGUUUGCUGCAAUGUUAGUUGUAUCGGAGCACUUUAAUCCGAAGGAUGAUACUAUAACUUGAUUAAUCAGCUUUUGAUUACCUAUAGCUGUUUUAUUUAAUACUCUCUUACAGAAGUGGGGACCACUGUAAACUUCUCAGAGGACUUGUAUUUUUGUAGUGCUAUGAAAGUUAUUUACAUACCUAUAAAGAGAACCAGAUAUUCACCUCAGCUCUGAAAAUGUACAUGUAUAUAUUCAUUCUGCAGUAUAUUUUUUACUUAAAAGCAUAUUUUGACUGUGAUAACCCAAGGGCACUGGGGUCAGGUGUGCUCUGAAUGAUUUCUCCUUAGAAGAGCUGGUGUGGGGACCUGCAUUGCUCACAAGAGGUGCUUGGUCUGGAGAUAUUAUCUGCUGCUAGGACCUCAGGUAUGUAACUCGGUCAGUGUUUGAGAGGGACAUCUGGGUAGGGGAAUGGAUUCCUGUGCUCUGAAAUGCACUUAGGAACUCUGGAGAAUGAAGGACAAUUUACUUCAAGGGUGUCUGGCAUCAACCACUGCUGGGAAAAAAAAUCUAAUUUAUAGCAUUCCUGUACCUCUCAAAGUAGAUAGCCUGGGAGGGCAUUAGGUAAUGGCUGUCCUCAAGGACUCUACUUUGGGGGAGGAUUUAUCUAGGCAAAGUCUGCUCUGAACCUUUAGCAAGGGUUGGUGAAUCAGAGCAAUGGAGCUCCUACAACUGGCAUGUGUCUGAGGGCGUUCACCCACCCACACGAGGAGAGUUGGGACUUGCCUUGAGCUACUAUAAAUGCUAACCUGAUUGAAGGACUCUGGGAGAAAGCUGUGUUCUGGAGAAAGAAGCAGGAGCAUCUCUCUUCCUGGCCUUGCCUGGCUGCCUCCAGAAAGAGCAGUUUGUACUUUAGGAAAGCAUCAGAUUAAAUACAGAACUUCAGUUGGGAGGUCAGCCUCCUGAGGAAAAUGUCAGUCCUUUGCCUAUUUUCUAUCAUCUCAUUCCUUGAACUUUGACACAUUUCCUGCCCUCUAUUUUAUUCCUGUGUGCUCUCAUGGGGGAGGGGGCAGAAUGGAGGAACAAGAAAGUCUGACCUUUGGCAUGCUGAAGAGCUGUUGACCUUGAGUGGGAGGUAUGUGUGCACACGGAUGGGUUACAUGUGUGUGCGUGUGUGUGUGUGUGUGUGUGUGUGUGUGUGUGGUUUCCAGCUUUGUUAACAGCAGGAGCUCAAAAGGGCAGAGAGGAGGGAGGACCCAUGACACUCAGUCACAUACCAUAUUGAAGGCCAGAGGCAAUUUAAUGUUAAAUUAGGCAGGAUCUUCCCUCCUUCCCAACUGACCUUUGUAUUUCCUUUUUGAGAACUACGAAUUAAUGAUGCCUCAAGGCUGACGGAUUAAUUGCCCUAGGUGGAGAAUUUAGCCUCCUAGUAGUCAUACCAACCUCAACUCUGCAUUUCUCAAUAUCUAUUAUGUGAGCUACUAACUUGACCUCUUUCACCCAUCACCCAGCAUUUUUGAAUUAUAAAAUUAUUUCCUGCCUUGUUACUUUGGGAAUUUUUAAUCUCUUUGGUUUUGUUUUUAAGAAGUAACCUAAAAUUUCUACAACACUAAAUAAAAUGGUACUACCUUUCAAA